GAUUAUGAAUGUGUUGCCUGUUGCCACUGCACGACGAUCUCACACAUUUUCCUGACAAUGCAGAAUUCAUGAUCAUUAUUAUAGGUGCGCUUAUGUUAUAAAGACACCGGACUGCGACGCAAAGAAAUGCACAUUUUGGUGGCUUUUUUGUGGAUAGGUUCUUUCCUCGUGCGAUUGGUUUCCUAAAUGUUAGAUGUUUUCAUGUGAACCAAGUAGAUGGAGAUAUGUUGAAAUGCAUGAAGAGACAACUGGAUGAAUCUAAAGCCAAAUCUAGGAAUUCUGGAAAUGGUGAAGAGGAUUCUGGUGGCAUGGAUUCCAUCCUUAAUACAUUUCCGUGGUUGUAAAGGGGUGGGCGUCAUUUGGACACGAAAACCGACAUCUAUCAUAUUUUAAUGGCUAACGUUUUCCCUGUGCGAUCCUUACUUUAACAGCAAGUACCUCAUCUGCAGUAGCGAUCAUAAACUAAUAUAGGCUAUGCUUACAUGGCGUUUGUCGCCUGUUUCUUUGGUUGGUUAUUGAAGAAGCCAAAGGACAAUAAUAUUAACAUAUUUAAAUCUCCUUCACGCAUCCUGGGUACAAUGUUACACUGGAAAACUAUCAAGUGAAGACCUGAGUAGAACACUACGUUCUGUUUGAGAAGAAAUGGCUAUGUGAAAGAAAAAGCCCUUUGGCGAGAUCUCCGAGAAACUCUGCAGGAUUUCCCCCCUUUGGAAUACCAAGUCAUAGGCUACCGACACCCCAUGUUUUUUAUACCCGAACCAUGGAAAUUAAGGACACAUCGAUAGCCUAUUCCACGCAACUCUUUUAAUUCAAUUUUCCUUUUUUAACCGCGUUCAAAAGUCUUGUUAUUUUAUUUCAAGAGCUAUCCAACGCACAUGAACGUUCUCCACGCUCUAAACCUUUGAAAGGGUGAGAUUUGUGUCUCUGCUUUACAGCAUGUCUCAACAACAGGCACCGGGCCCCUAGAUGUUUUUUCUCCUUUUAUCUCAAUCAUAAUCUUUCGAGAAAAUGCCGAGGACCAGCAGCCAUUGAACUAUGAAUGCCGAACACGAUGAUCUCUUCCCUCCAGCGCCUGACAAUGAGAGGUCCUAGGUUUAAGGGGGCCCUGUCCAACCCCUUCUUUGUGCUACUGUUGACCCUCCAAAUCCUGGUGGUAGCUGGGCUAGUCCGUGCCCAGACAUGCCCUUCUGUCUGUUCUUGCAGCAAUCAGUUCAGCAAGGUAAUCUGCACACGCCGGAGCUUGCGUGAUGUGCCCGAUGGCAUCUCCACCAACACACGUUACCUGAACCUUCAGGACAACCUCAUUCAGGUAAUUAAAGUGGACAGCUUCAAGCACCUGCGCCAUCUAGAGAUCCUCCAGCUGAGCAAGAACCAUAUACGCAACAUAGAGAUUGGUGCCUUUAAUGGGUUGGCCAGUCUCAACACUCUGGAACUCUUUGACAACCGGCUCACAACCAUCCCCAACGGAGCAUUUGAGUACUUGUCCAAGCUGAAGGAGCUUUGGUUACGGAAUAAUCCCAUUGAAAGCAUCCCGUCUUAUGCCUUCAACCGCGUACCCUCAUUGCGAAGGUUGGACCUGGGUGAGCUUAAGCGAUUGUCCUACAUCUCAGAUGGAGCUUUCAAAGACCUGAGCAACUUGCGCUACUUGAACCUUGGCAUGUGUAACCUUAAAGAGAUCCCUAACAUCUUACCUUUGGUGCGCCUUGAAGAGCUGGAAAUGUCAGGAAACCAGCUCACAGUCAUUCAGCCAAGCUCCUUUACCGGCUUAACAAACCUUCAGAAGUUGUGGAUGAUGCAUUCCCAGAUCCAAAUAAUUGAGCGAAACUCUUUUGACGACCUCCAGUCUUUAGUAGAGCUCAACCUGGCACACAACAACCUCACCUUGCUUCCACAUGACCUCUUCACCCCAUUGCAUCGUCUUGAGCGUGUCCAUCUUCACCACAAUCCUUGGAAUUGCAACUGUGACAUCUUGUGGCUCAGCUGGUGGCUAAAGGAGACAGUCCCUGCUAACACCAGUUGCUGUGCCCGAUGCCAUUCCCCGACCAGCUACAAGGGCCGCUAUAUUGGGGAGCUGGAGCACAGCUACUUCCAGUGCGAUGUCCCCGUAAUCCUGGAGCCACCUGCUGACCUCAAUGUGACAGAAGGUAUGGGCGCAGAGCUCAAGUGUAGGACAAGCUCGUUGACAUCCAUCAGCUGGUUGACACCAAACGGUUCAUUGGUGACACACGGAGCAUAUAAGGUGCGCCUGGCAGUCCUAAAUGAUGGGACACUGAAUUUCACCAGUGUGACCAUGCAGGACACUGGGACUUAUACCUGCAUGGUUAGCAACGCAGCAGGCAACAUCUCUGCCUCUGCAGUGCUAAACGUGACUUCCGUAGAAAAUAGUGGGGUCACUUAUUUUACCACGGUCACAGUGGAGACUACUGAGUCACCUGCAGAUGAAAGCCAGACACAGGCACUUCCACCUUAUGACUGGGUGUCAUCUUCGACCACCAGGGGGCCCCUGGUUUCAACAAGAACCACAGAACUGACAUACACUAUCCCUGUUCUGGACCUGGAUGGAGAGGGUGCCCUCAAUGGCCUUGAUGAGGUAAUGAAGACUACAAAGAUCAUCAUUGGUUGCUUUGUGGCUAUUACACUCAUGGCUGCCGUUUUACUGGUAAUUUUCUACAAGAUGAGGAAGCAACAUCAUCAGCAGGAUCCUGAUGGCCCUGCCUCCUCCAUGGAGGUCAUCACUGUAGAGGAAGAGUUGGCAGGGGUUUCCGCCAUGGAAACUCACUUAUCUCUGCCCCCAUUGGAUCACUACAACCACUAUAACACUUACAAGAGUGCUUAUCACCAUCCCCCCAUGAUGAGCUCCUUGCACAGCUCGGCCACACAAGAACCUUUACUUAUUCAAGCCAGCUCAAAAGACAAUGUGCAAGAGACCCAAAUUUGAUCAUCAAAAUUCUGUAUUUCACAUCUGAUACAGGGAGUAUGAGGGCCAAAUGAGGAGGAAUAACUUGACAUACUGUGACACAUCUGAAAUGUGUCAUCAACUGAAAAUGGAGAAUGCGCUGUUUCAAAAAGUGUCUUUACAAAACAAAGAUUAUUUAUUAAAAGUAUGUUUAGUUGCUAAAGGAAGAAAAUUAAAUAUGUAUUAGCAUUUUAGCCCCUCUUUUUAUUUUCUUAUAUUGCUUUAAGAGAAAGAAUGGUUUACUGCUAGCAAAUAUUUGAAAAUAAGAUUGAUCAACCAUACCCAGCCAAUCCAAAAUGAAUGCACUUGCCAAAUGUAACAACCCAUAUUACAUUUGAUUACAUUAUGUGAUUCCAGUUGAAUAUAGAAUAGUGUCCCCCUGAGAGAAAUACUUCAUUUUUACAUCCCAGGUUGUUACACAAUGCAUUGUAUUAUUCUUGGUGUCCUAUGUUUGCACAGAUACUGUAGACCUAUACACUUAAUAGAAAAGAUGCAGUGGAUGGAUUCUUUCAUAUAAUAUCAUAUUCCAUCUGUCACUCAAAGAAGAUGAGAUACAUUUGUUCUUGUUCUGGGCUGUUAAUGAAAUGAGCAAUGAGGCCAACACGCCUGGGGAGCGAGGCAGCCAAAUUACUGAACUUGCAUUUCCCUAGUGGCUCUUAAACAACAACUAUACAUCUUUCACUUUAAUUAAGAUGAAGGUCUCCCACACCCUCUCUCUUCCCUUUCUCCUCCCUUUCCAUUGCUCACUUCUACUUCACAACCUUCUCUCUCCUUAUCCUCCCUCCUUCCAUUUUGCUUAAUCUAUUCUCUCCCUUUACCCUCUCCCCCCAUAUCCCUCCGAAUAUUCCCAACCCUAGCUCACAAACACUCCUCUGUUUCUCCUAGGCACAUUUUCGUUAACCAUGCCAUAUCUCGUCUGUCUCGCUUUAUCCUUCGGCAUGUGUCGAUCCACAGAAUAUGUCAGUGGAAAAUAAAGGGGAGCAUAAGGCUCCACUCAGUGGCACCCCCAUUAGCACUGUAAUGAUCUAUGUCCAAGCAGUGUCGCGUUACGUUGGUAUCACCCUGAGGUCAUGCAAGCGCGGGUGCUGAUAGUCCAUCUGUUAACACAGAUAAAGAAGCAAAUGAACUAGCCAAGUAAUUCUGUGUGACCCUGGUAGCUAACAAGAAGGCUAACACACUCAACAGCUACCUACAUUUACAUUACAUUUAUUCAUUUAGCAGACGCUUUUAUCCAAAGCGACUUACAAGAAAGAGCUUUACAAAAAGUGAAUAGGUCAAUGAUCAUAAACAACGAGAUAGCCCCAAAAACAUUGCGGGUAGCCAAAACAUGAAGCAUACAUUGUGAAAAGCAAAUAAGUGCCAAUGGGUAGAACCAGAAGUUACCUACUGUAAAUAGCUAAUUAAACAGUAUCAGGAGUCCAUUGCUAGGCUUUCAGGACAUUGGAGAGGUGAUGGCAAAACAGUGUGAGACUUUCCCUUCAUCGACGUGUCAACAUUACAUCUAAUGGGAGGUAGAGGCCUUUAAUCAAAAAGACCCUUAGUCUAUUUGCCCAAGCCGUCUUUGUCUGUAAAAAAAACCCUGCACAUCUUUGAUGUUAAAUAAUUUGUCAUCUUUCCAUCACAACACUCUCUCCUCAUUUUCUGUUUACUCGGCUUUGCUUUUAAAAUUUUCAUAAAAAGAAAGAUGUAAAGGCGAUGAUAAAGAAAAAAUGUCAGGAGGUAGAGCAAAGAAGAUCUACAAAUGGAUGUAUUGUGGAUAUGAAGAAAGAACAGUGAAAAAUAGAUAAGGCCUAAGGAGGUAGAAUAGCUGUCAGACAGUCACCAUGGAAACACUGACCUUACGUAGAGCUCAGAAAGUAGAUAUCCCUUUCACUUUGGUCUGGAUGCAUCAGUACACACACAAUUUAACUCUCAUGCUAUUUUACAAAUCUAGCACUAGAUUUUACUAUAACAAAUUGACACAUUUCAAUUGGAUUAAGAUGAAUCAAGUAUGACAUCCGUAUGUUCUACUUAAUAAAAAUGAAUACAAAUUUAGUUCGAUUUGAACAAUUAGCAAAUGCUCGAGCACAUGAUUAAGUCAAUUGCUAGAUCUUGACCACUGUGGGUAAUGGCUCAUCAAGCUUGACCUAAUGACACAAGACUGCAAUAUCAUAAGUUUUGUACAUGCUUGUUUGGGUAUUUAUAUAUGGCUGUACAAUACGAAUACAAACCAUUGUUUUAGUUCAUGAACUCAUGCCCAUGGUAAUCAGGUACUACUUGGAAUACUGGAAUGGAAUAUUCUAGCCACAGGUUGUACCAGGCUUCUACACCUGGUACAAUCUUGAAACGAUUCAGAAGAUAAUGAUUCUGUAUAUCAGCGAUCAAAUGUGAACCAUUCUUUCACUUGAAGAGGACUUCUUUUGAAUACUCUAAUUUCAUUUAUGCUUUUGGUGGCUGAAAGAUUCAGUUUUUAUGAUUUGCGAAAUGUAUGCUUUAAUGUAUGAGGCAGUUUUUUUCCCAAUUUUUAUUUUAUUUAACUUGGUUAGCUAAAGUAGAGUUGCCUACCCAGUUGGUUUGAUAUGGAGUCUCAUAGAAUGUAUUUAUCCCUCUAUUUGAGCAGUAAACUAUUUCAGUAUAUUCCAGCAAGCAUACAUGGUAGAAGAAGGUGAAUGACUAAAAUGUAAAAAGUAGUUAAAGGAUUUUUAUAUUUUACUAUAAUGAGUUUGAUUUGAAUCAGCAACCCGAUUAUGAAAUUACUCUGUUUAGUUCAACUGUUGAUGUGAGGGGGUGAAAAUUGGUAUGUGUUUCCUUCUCUUAUUUUUGGAGAGAAUUACUGUAUCCUCAAAUGUUACAUUUAUACAAGACGUAUUUUCAAAAAUAACAUGCAAAAAACUUUAUGAUCGUAAUUUUUCAUGGGCUUACAUGUUGAAAUGCAAAGAAGGCUCACAGGACAAUACUCAGAUUUCUCUAUCAAUGACCUUUCCCAAGGAUGGUGUACAUUUAUUCAUAACACAGAUUGUAGUUCAUACAGAAAUACAAAUAAAACAUUGCAUUUUUU